AUGUUUAGUACGCCUGAAUCGCUGAAACGUCGUACAGGUCAAUUUGGUGUAUCUCGUUUUCCAUAUCUACAACAAUUAGUUUGUGAAUAUGAAGAUUCAUCAUGUUCAGAUGAACAUAAAUUACAAAUAUUAGCAAAUUUAGCCAAUUUUGCCUACGAUCCUAUUAACUAUGAUUAUAUAAGACAAUUAAAUAUAAUCCAUUUAUUCAUGGAUUGUUUAAAAAUGAAUAUCGAAGGAUAUAUAAAUGAAAAUAAUAGUGAACAGCAGCAAUUUUUAGAAUAUUGUAUAGGUGGUCUAUGCAAUUUGUGCCUAGAUAAUAAGAAUAAAUUAUUGAUAUUGAACGAUGAUUGUGUUCUAUUGUCAAUAAUAAAAUGUUUGUGUUCGAAUUCUAUAAAUAUUGUUCUCAAUUCGAUGUGUUUACUCAUGUUUUUAAUAACAGACGAAUCAAAAGAUAAAAUAUGUUCGACACAAGUUAUUGAAUGUUUAAAACAAUAUAAACAAUCGAAUGAUCAAAGAUUAGCAAACAUGGCAAAGGUAUUUUUGAAUGAAUAUUGCACUGAACAAAAUAAAAUGUCAUCAACGUAA